AUGAAGCGGUUGCAUUCGAUCACCGACUUUCCAUCGUAUCGGAGCGGGAGGAGGAGCUUCAACGUCUCCUUAUCAGGGACGGCAGCGGGAGAGGACAUUAUCGGCGACGAGGGGGACGAAGGACUGCCCGCGGACGAAGGCGACUGUUGUGACUGUCCGCCGGGCGGACUUCUCGAGGAACGAGUGCUUGAGCGGCCUCGCGGCGGCGACGGCGGUGAAGCCGGCUGUGCGCGUUGGUCCGUGCGCAGCUGGUCCGUGCGCAGCAUGCUGACGCGGCCCCGGGGGCCGGUGAGUCAGAGAGGCUGUGUCAGCGGGGCCCGAGCUGUGCCGUGCGCUGCCGCCCCAUCUAAUCUAAUCGCGCCGUACCAACUCGUGACAGUACCGGAGUGCAGGGCCGCUGGGGUGUUGGACUCGUCGGAUUGGUACGAAGUGCCCUUCGUCAACAGUGAUGGACCGUGGAGUGCGAUUAGGGCACGGUUGCCGAUCACAGAUGAAGAAAGGAGGUCUGUCUCCGCUGCUCUUUGGGUCGUCACGAGAGACGUCGACCUGAUCCUGGGUGUCGAAGGCGUGCUCAAGUCGAGAGCAGUCGAAGAAUUCGUCAGCCACGUUGAUGGGGGGAGGAAGGGGAGUAUGCAGCAGGAACCUAAGCCACGCCUAUGGGAGUUUCGACCUAAUGUCGCAACUUGGGGUCGAGCGACAGGAGAAAACCUAAAAGCUGGGGGCGUUCGACUGGUUCUUACCGAAGCGAUGGGCAGGCUGUGCGCGUUGGUCCGUGCGCAGCUGGUCCGUGCACAGCAUGCCGACGCGGCCCCGGGGGCCGUAGAUAGCGACGCGUCCAUAUCAGGCAAGUAG